AGUUCCAAAAUGUGUCGAGUAUGUAAACAUUGACACGUGCAGAACGCUCAAGCUGUGGCUUGUCUUCCUCGUACGAUAUAGCAGGAGUUAUAAAUUCCCCACUUAACCCGAAAGCUUCUUUAAAGGAAGACAAAGUGUAAAUCUACAGAAGAUGGGGAAGCGAAGGAAAAUGGGAGGAGGAGGAGGAGGAAAAGGUGGCAGCAGCACCCAAAAAAGGGGGAAGGACAGGAUGUUUGGUAUGCAGGAACAGAAUGCAUAUGAGAACUCCCUCAUUGACCCCAGUAGCCGGGGAUAUGUGUACGAUGAAGUGGAUGACUUUGAGGAUGAAAAGGACAAAAAUGUUCUCGGUCUAACCAAAAGGCUCAUGGCUAGAAAUGAGAGGUCGAAGGAACAAGUUCUAGGCAUUGACUCAGGAUCGUCAGAGGAUGAGUUUGAAUACAAUGACACAGAUGAAGAGGAAGAGGAAGGAGAGGAUGAUGGGGAGCAGGAAGAGGAAAAUGAAAGUGAAGACGAGGAUGAGCUGUACAUGGAUGACGACAUUGAAGAUGAAGAUGAAGAGAGGUUGCCUGAUGACAGGGCUUGGGGCAACAAAAAGUGGAGGUACAUCGGCACCGACACAAGCGAUGAGAGGAUUCAGAGGAAGCUGUACAGGCAGGAUGAAGAGCUGGCUAAGCUAGAGGAAGAGACAGCAAGGAAGUUGCAGGAUCGCAUGGCUGCUGAGCUGGAAGACCUGAAGGCUGAGGAUCUCAUUCCACAGGAAGAGGACAAGGGAGAGGAUGACAAAAGCACACAGGUGAGAGUGGAGACAGAUAUCUCAGGGCUCUCAAAGGCUAAGAAGAUGCAGCUGUUGAAGAGAGAGUCUCCUGAAUUCCUUCCCCUUAUGGAGGACAUGAAAAGCAAAUGCAAUGAAAUUCAGACUUUCCUCCGACCACUGAUGAAGGGCAUCCAGACUGGCCAGGUACCUAAUGGUCCUGCCCGACAGUAUAUUGUCACUAAGUAUCGACUUCUGCUCAAUUAUCUCUCAGUACUCAGUGUAUACAUGAUGGUAAAGAGCAGUCAAAGUUCCGUCAGCAAGCACCCAGUUGUCGGACGGCUAGCACAGUAUAGACAGCUGCUUCAGGAACUGGAGCAGUGUGACGAGAAGUUGACCCCCAAGCUGGAGAAGCUGCUCAAGGCAAUCAAGGAAGGACAUGCACCUAAAGUUGCCUCGUCCUUGAAUGAAACAAAGAAACCCAUCUUCAUGAACACUCUAGUAUUGGACCAAGUCUAUGACAAAGACAACGUACAGAUAAAGCAUGAAGCUAGAAGACGAUUAUCUCUUAGCAGGAUGAAGCAGGCAGGUGUGAUGUCUGACUGUUUUUAG